CCAGCCCCGCCUGUGUUGCCCACACUGCAUCCUUGUCCCACAGACAGACAUCCACUCACCAUGGUGUGUGGAUCUGGGGACCUGCAGGCCUGCACACCCCUGCUGCCUUUUGCCAGGAUUGAGAAUCAGUCCUACGGGAACGACUCCUGGUUCUGGGCAUGUGGUCAUACCAAUGUGUCCCACGAGGUGAAGCAGGGGAAGCUGGUAGAGGUGGGCAGGUGGCCCUGGCAGGUGAGCAUCCUCUUCCUGAGCUUGCACCUCUGCAGCGGCUCGUUCAUCCACCAACAAUGGAUCCUCACAGCAGCACACUGCAUACUGAGCACCAGCCGCCCUAGAGAGUACACCAUGAAUGUGAGAGCCCCACACCUCCCAGAUGAUGGCAUCGAGCUCCCGAUCUCUCAUAUCGUGAUUCCUGAGAAUGUCACUGAUUUCACGUUCCAGAACAUUGCCCUCUUGAAGCUCAAGAAGCCCGUCUCCUUGUCCCUCCUCCAGCCCAUCUGCCUCCCCCCUCCCUAUUACAAACCAACUGUUGGAUCCCUGUGCUGGUUGGUUGGGCAGGGAAGGUCAGCAGAUGAAGGGGAACCAAAGAGGAACAGCACUCUUCAGGAGCUGGCCACCAGGAUCAUAGACAACCGUGUCUGCAGUCAGCAGCACCAGUUCCGCUUGAAGGGCCCGAAGAAGUCAUUUGGGGAUGACACGCUGUGUUCCAGCACAGACUCAAUCGUGGACAACUGCCAGGUGUGGAUAUGUUGAGGACCAGGAGGAGGACCUAGAGCCACGCUGGCCUUUUCACAUGGCGUAAAAUCUUCCAUGGGGCUUCAGCUUGCCAGUCUGUACAACAGGGGUGCAGUACCUUUGCCGGGGUUCACAAUGAUGGCCGUAAGGGCAAUGUCUCUCAGUCACAUGUCCACACCUGGGCUGGGUCCUGGCAGAACCAGUUUUGGCAUAAAUAGCAUCAUUCUACUAGCAGAUUGCCGCAUUUACAUCUCCUCCUCUGUAAUGUUUCGAGUUGUACCCAUACAGCUGUAAACUGUUGGCAGUGCUAUGGUAUUUUCUUCGGCAUCUGUGUCACAGUUUACCCACUCUCUUGUUUAAAGUGAUUGAAAGAGUCUCCAAAUCUUUCCUAUCACAAACUGUACAGCUCCUGGAUAUUCUCAUGUCUUCUUGUUACGCAUCAGAAGUGUUUCACCAGGAUCCUUCAUAGAAUGAGUUCUGGGUUGUGUUCACCGUCAUCUUUAAGGCUCAUUGCCAAAUUGUUUUCCAAAGUGCUUCUACUAUCCUCUGUAUCCUUGCAGCCAGUUUUGGCUUUGGGUGUUGCCAGACUGUGAAAUGUUUUCCACAGUGAGAAACAGCACCCUGGGGAGCUGUGGCGUGGAUGUCCCGUCCCCGGUACUCAUGUUCAUCAUCUAGUCUGUUUAUACACCAUUCGAAGCUCCUCUCCUGUCAGCACUGCUUACGCGGAUGCCUUGCACACUUCCUGUUUGUCUUUAUUUCCUUUUUCAUAUUCUAGAUACCAAUUCUCUGUUCAUGAUAUACAUUGCAAAUAUCUUCUCUCCAGAGUUUCAUAAACCUUUUUUGAUGCUACCCUUUGCUGAAGAGCAAUUUGGAUUUAUUUUAUUCAGAUGUAUCAUGUUUCCUUCCUGGUUUAUGCUUUUGUGUUUUAAGAAUUUCUUCCUUUCCCUGAGGUACAUAAAGACAUUUUGUGCUUUGUUUCUAAAGAUUUGGAAAUAUUCACAUUCUGAAUAAUUCUGUGAGAGGUGACAGACAGGGAUCUAUUUUCAUUUGUUUCCUCUUGCAGACCACCAGUUAUCCCACUGCUAGUCACCAGGAAUGAAUGUUCUGCAUUUACCACUCUGCCUGUCCUGUAUACUGCUCUGUCCACACAGGGCUAACUUCUGAAGUGAGAUACCUACCUGAUGGCCGCAUUGUCCCUUUCUAACACGAAUGCUUGAGGCCAUGAGUUCCUGCUAAAUGUUGUUUUAGCUUCAUACUACAAUUUUUUUUUUUUUUUUUUUUUGGUACCGGGGAUUGAACUCAGGACGCUUUUGCCACUGAGCUAAAUCCCUGGCCCAAUGCUACAGUUUUUGAUAUGUAGCACUGUUACUGAUACUCAGCUCUAAAUGUUUGUAUAAUUUUCACCUGGUUUGGUUCUGACUGAUGCAUAUUGCUUGCUGUUAAUGAUUUCCAGUGUUUCCCAGCAGUCAUAAAAAUAGCUGCAUAACGGUAUCAGCUGUGUGAGACACGCUGAAACUUCGUUGGCUGCCUCCUGUGUGGUUAUAUUCUUUAAUGUUUAUUUCAUUAUUUUCAGUUUCUAGUGAUUUGAUGUCCUUGGGCUUUGUUUGGUUUUCUUUUGAUGUCUUCUUAAGCAGAAAAGUUUAUUCUAGUUCUGUGUUUAAAAGUUAAGGGUUCAUGUAACUACCCUUGUCUUGAACUUUUAUUCAUCUCUUAAAUUUUGUACUAUUGUGAUUCUGCAAUCACUAUUUUGAAAUAUGUGUUGUGAUUUGGAAGAAAAUAUACUCAUUUUGUUUAAGAAUAAUGCAGAAAUUAGAAAAAGGCUUCCCCAUAAUAAAGCUACCUAGCAAAUUUUUUUAUAGUGCUCAUUUUAUGUCCCUAACAUUUCCCUUUAUAUACAAAAAAUGUAAUUAAAUUUUUGGGGUUUUUUUUCUCUCUGGUUUUGAUUUUUUUUUAAGGUAAAGUUUCACUAUGCUAUCUAGGCUGACCUUGAACAAAAGUUUCACUUUGUAGCCCAGGCUGGCCUCAAACUCACAGUGAUCCUCCUGCCUCAGCCUCCUGAGUGCUGGGAUUCAAGGCAUGUGCCAUCAUACCAGGCCUUGAGUUUGAUUUUCAACAAAAGUAUAUUAAAGGGGGUUUAGCUCAGCUGUGUAAGUGCCUGCUUGGCAGAUGCUGAGUCAUGAGUUUGAUCCCCCAUACCAAAAAAAAUAAAAGUGUAUUAUAUAGUUUUAUUACUCAACUUUUGAAUUUUCUCUUAAAACAAAUCUUGAAUUCCUUUCAUGUUAUACAUUUAAAUAGAUUUCAUUGUCCCUGUCUACUGAAUAAUAGUAUUUUCAUAUGCUAUAUCACAAACUAUUUAACCAUUGUCUGACUGAUAGACAUUUGAGCAUAUUUCAGUAUUGUCUUUUACCAUGUCAUAGUAAAAAUCUCUUUUCUUGCUGGGUGUGGUGGCUCAUGCCUGUAAUCCCAGCACUCUGGAGGCCAAGGCAGGAAGAUCGUUGCGAGUUCGA